CCUUUUCGCUUGCGUCUGUCAAUUGAAGCGCAACUCGCACGUGAAUUCUCUAAAGAAGCUCACUUAAAUUACACAGAAAACAUGGACAAACCAGUUGUUUGGGCUCGCGUCAUGAAAGUUCUCGGCCGCACCGGCUCCCAGGGCCAGUGUACCCAAGUCAAAGUGGAGUUCCUUGGAGAACAGAACCGUCAAAUCAUCCGUAACGUGAAGGGUCCCGUCCGUGAGGGUGAUAUCUUGACGCUGCUCGAAUCUGAACGUGAAGCAAGACGUCUACGCUAAGAGUGCAACACGCUUGGGAUUUGUUUGGAAUGUGUUGUUUUGCAUUUGGCAAUUUCUUGGAGGAGGAUUAUGAUAUGAAAACCAUAAACAACAUACAGACAGAAUCACACAACACCAAAUUACAAAUGUUUUAAAUAAAUUUCAAGUAUUGCAGUGCUUAAAAAAA